AAUGUGCGCUUGCGCAGAGUGAGUGCCACGUACUGGUUGACGUUUACAGUUUGGAGGACACUUCCUGAUGCUGGCCGGGUUAAGCUAGGCUAGCUGUCAGAUUUGUUUUCACGGUUUGGGAGAACCUGUGAAAUACAGCGGGGUCAAGUCGUCUGAUUUAGGUAACAGAAAAAACUACAUUUUGUUCAGACUCUACUGACAUUGUGGAUUAGUUUGAAUUUUAAUGCCCUCCAUGUUUGGUAUUCUGUUGCUAGCUCGCUAGCUAAGUGUUUAGCUUGCUAGCUAGCUGUUAAUGUUAGGUUCAUUACGCAGUGAGCUAACGCUUGGCUAACACGCCCAAACAGGUGUCGAGACUGAUUCCUAGGAAGUUACUGACUAAAAAUGCUCUCUUUAAGUCUAUCCCGAGCUGGAUGAGGAUGAGAAUUGGUGCAUUGUAACUAAUAUAACUCUAACCGGUCACACAGGGAUCAGUUUUUCACGACUGGAUGCUAUUCACAGGAACGAAAGCAGGCUGAUUCAUCGUCACUCAUGUAGCUAUCUAAAAGGAGAUUAACCAUUUGAGUGUUAUCUUCUGAAUGGAAAGUUGAUAUUAUUAUUCCUGACAGAGUGGUGAGGUGGUUUAGCAGAGGUUAGUAGCCUUUAGUUUAGCUGGUAUGGGCCGCUGACAGAUGACUCUGCGUUUAACCCUUGUGCACCCCUAAGAAAAACUUCCCUUAACACCCCUAAGGACCGAAACGGUCCCCUCCAUUUUGCUGGAGUAAAAAUAUGGUCUAAAUAAAUAUAUUUAAUUUUUUUUUUUUUUGGCUGCCAUCAUUGACUUAUAACCUAAUCAUGAAUAGCAAAACUUUAUUCAGGUUUUGUAUUUUAACCCCAUAAAUGCCAGUCUUUUUUGUAAAAACCUGAUAUUAUUUUAAGUCAAAAAACACAAUUAAUGAAUUAUUUUCCAUCCUAUAUAUGCAAAUUGUUUUUUUAAACUUUUGAUUAUUAGAGCAUGGGAUUGGUAAACAUUGAUGAGAAAAUGGAUUUGAAAGGAUUUGUAUUUUUUCUGUAGUGUUGAAUAAUAAUAAAAACUUCAAUUAAGACCCCUAAGGACCGAAACGGUCCCCUCCAUUUUGCUGCAGUAGAAAUAUUGUCUAAAUAAAUAUAUUAAAAUUUUUUUUUUUUGGCUGCCAUCAUUGACUUAUAACCUAAUCAUAAAUAGCAAAACUUUAUUCAGGUUUUGUAUUUUAACCCCAUAAAUGCCAGUCUUUUUUGUAAAAACCUGAUAUUAUUUUAAGUCAAAAAACACAAUUAGUGAAUUAUUUUCCAUCCUAUAUAUGCAAAUUGUUUUUUUAAACUUUUGAUUAUUAGAGCAUGGGAUUGGUAAACAUUGAUGAGAAAAUGGAUUUGAAAGGAUUUGUAUUUUUUCUGUAGUGUUGAAUAAUAAUAAAAACUUCAAUUAACACCCCUAGGGACCGAAACGGUCCCCUCCAUUUUGCUGGAGUAAAAAUAUGGUCUAAAUAAAUGUAUUUAAAUUUUUUUUUUUUUUGGCUGCCAUCAUUGACUUAUAACCUAAUCAUAAAUAGCAAAACUUUAUUCAGGUUGUGUAUUUUAACCCCAUAAAUGCCAGUCUUUUUUGUAAAAACCUGAUAUUAUCUUAAGUCAAAAAACACAAUUAGUGAAUUAUUUUCCAUCCUAUAUAUGCAAAUUGUUUUUUUAAACUUUUGAUUAUUAGAGCAUGGGAUUGGUAAACAUUGAUGAGAAAAUUUGAAAAGAUUUUUUUUUUUCUGUAGUGUAUUACACACACACACACACACACACACACACACACACACACACACACACACACCAUCCAUCCAUCCAUCCAUCCAUCUCUUGCUUUUAUGCACGCACAUCGAUGAUAUCCUCCCUCUUCAGGUGCUCGCUAUGAACCUUGUGCGUGCGCUCACACAUGCAUGCACGCACACACAAUCUCACACACAAUCUCAAACACACACACACAUACACACACCAUCCAUCCCUUGCUUGCUUUUACGCACGCACAUCGAUCAGGUGCCUGCUAUGAACCUCGUGCGCUCGCUCACACACACACACAAACAAUCAGACACACACACACACACACACACACACACACAAAAACAAUCAGACACAUGCACACAUACACACACACACACACACACAAACAAUCAGACACACACACACACACACACACACCAUCCAUCCAUCCAUCCCUUGCUUUUACGUAAGCACAUUGAUGAAGCCCUCCCUCUUCAGGUGCCAGCUAUGAACCUCGUGCGUGCGCUUACACACGCACACACGCACGCACGCUCGCACACACAAUCUCACACACACACACACACACACACACACACACACACACACACACACACACACACACACACACACACACACACACACACACACACACACACACACACACACACACACACACACACACACACACAAACACACACUCACACUCCAUCCCUUCCUCGCUUGCUUUUACGCACUCACAUUGAUCAGGUGCCCGCUAUGAACCUCAUGAGCUUGCUCACACACGUGCGCACACACACACAAUCAGACACACAAUCACACACACACAAUCAGACACACACACACACACACACACACACAGAAGGAAACUGCAGGUGCAGAUUGUACAACUGCCGCUGUUUCUGGAAGGAUUUUGGCUAUUCUCAUGGCUGCAUAUGCACACACACACACACACACACACACACACACACACACACACACACACACACACACACACACACACAAGUAAUUCAUGAAAACACAUGCACAUAAUCCAUGAUGUCCCAAAAGCACACCUAAAUAGUUUUUAUUAAAUUUAUUUUCUCUCUAAAGAUGUUUAGUAUAUUUAGCCUGUAUUCAAUGUAUAUAUUUAGUAUUUUUAGUCUGCAUUGUACAUAUUUCUUCUUAUAUUUAAUUCUAUUUUGUAUUUUUUUGCUGCUGUAACAUGAGAAUUUUCCAGUUUGGGAUCAAUAAAUUAUAUAUCUAUCAAUCUAUCUAUCUAUAUGCAUGAAAUAAACCAGCUCUGUGACAAAGGGAAAACAGUGCCCCUCUGGUUCUAAAGGGUAUGGCAGGAAAAAAGAAAAAUGGCGCCAUCUGCUGGUCGGCAUAAAAAAAAAAAACAGUUUGACCCUCAAAGAAUAGGUGUACAUGAGAAAAAAAAAAAUCCAAAAAUUAUACUGCAUUGGCAGUGUAUUGAAAAAAACAUGUUUUAAUGGGAGUCAAUGGGACCGUUUCGGUCCUUAGGGGUGUUUACUGAAGUAUAAAAAUUGCUCACAUGCAAAAAAGGUUAAAGGAAGAAAAAAGAAAAAAAAUUAAAUUGCACCUAAAAUUACACACUUUGGCAAACUUUCAUGCCAUUUGCAUCAUCACAGCCAAAAUUAUCCACAAAAGUAUAGUUACAAAGGACCAAAACGGUCCCUAGGGGUGCACAAGGGUUAAGCGAGUGUUACAUCAACAUUUUCUACACUAGCUUUUAGACUGUGUCUUUAACAUGUUUUAAUCUGUUAACCUCAUCGUUAAUUUAGCAAGGCCCGCUCGGUGGAAAUCAGCCUACUGUUGUCCCCAUUAACUAUAAGUGUACAUGCUAAAUGCUAGCUACAUCACAAUCCUUAGCAUCCUGCCAAUUAUUCAUCUGGCGUGGAGAGCCAAAGCCGCAGCAUUUCUGGAUUUAAAUCCACUCUGUUGUAUAUCGUCAGGCCUCAACCAUCACAGUUAAUCCGUCUACUGGUUACAUGACAUGAUAGAGAUAAAGUGGAAUGUUACAGAAUGCUAUGGUUAAGUUAAAAGCUUUGAACAUAUGAUAUAAACAACGUUUAUGUUUCUAGUUAACUUAAAACAGGGUUAGGAUAAUACUUGAUAAGAAGGCAUCCCUAAACCUACAUUUUAUUCUCUAAGUGUUAUUAUUCUUUAAGCAUACUGUUCAUAAGAUGUCUUCAGACCUAUGUCACAAAGUAUAGUUUAGGAUAAGGGUCAAUCUAUAGUUGGACAAAUAUGAAUAAUUGAGACCAACAACUGAUAAUCAUUUACAGCCAUGAUGAAAAUCAAUCAACAGUAAUAGUAUAAACAUUGAUUUAUAAAACUUGGGUGACCUUAUUGUUGUAAAUGAAAAUGUGCAAUAGCGGUAAGGAUGAGACCUGAAGACUAUAAACCUAUAAAGUUUGUGUAUGUAUUAUCAGGUAGUACAGGUACUCAGAUGUUUUACGUAGGUCAAAGUGGCAGUAGUCUUUGGUGGACCAGUAAAUGUGACAGAGGGGUGAACAGUACAGACCUAGAUGAUAAGACACAUAUGCAAUGAAGCUGAAGUAGGGCACUGUCUGGUUAAUUAUUUUGUUUUAACAGUGAUUGGUGGAAGUAAACACACAUGCAUAAAAUUAGUUUAGUGCCAAGCCAGUAAUUGGUUGACCCAUAGUUUAAGAUCAGCUGAUAUAGACAGUCUGCAAGAAAAGUCAAAAGAUUUUCAGAGGUUUACUGAAGCUGCCUUACCUCUUAAAGUAAGUAGAUAUGUAGGACAUUGUAGUUACUUCAUACACUUUGGGUAACAUUGCAAAGGGAUUAUUAACUUCAGAUAUCUUGUUCACAUUUUAGUUUUGCCUAAAGAUACAUUAAGGUUAAAAGCUGUGAUGGACUUAUCAGAUUGAUUGAUAUUUUGGGUCAAAGUCUGACAGGGGAACAGUCUGUGCCACCUCAUUCAGUUAUGUUUGACCCUUAGACUUUACGAUUCAAGUUAAACACACAGACAUUCGUCUACAGAAGAACAGUCCUGAUUUAAUUUUGAUGCAGUUUCAGAUUAUGUUUAAAAAAGUGGCCUGAGAAAAAAUAUUUACCAUCUUCGAACAAGACUAUCAAUGAUUCAGACAUACUUUUCAGAUAAAGUCCUGAAAAUGACGAGAUGUCCUUUAGUCCCAGUUUACAUAACAAGCACAGUUUAAUCAUGAAUAUCUCCCUGACCCCCUAACCUACUGGUAUGACAUCAGUCUUUCCUGAUACUAAAUCUCACUGCGAUGAAAAGUAUGUAUUGACGUCAUGUGGCUUUUUAACAUGUUAUAAUACUGUAAUAAUACUGUACUAGAUGUACAUAUUAGUAAAAAUAUUUCACCACCAAGCAGAGAGAUUGGCAUUAAACUCCUAAUUCUUACUUUGGUUCAGAAUGUUACUUUUUGGUCGUAUUUUUUCUGCUUAUUUGUCCCUCAUAGUUGCAUGAUUAAAUUUCAAACAGGUUCAAAUAGGCAUAAGACAUACUAGAUGCAAAGCCAGCAGACCUGUUAUCAAAUUCAUUGUUGGAAAACUUUUUGACCCUGUCCAGUGGUGGGAGCAGAAGAGGUCAGACGGCACCAUGAACGGCCAGCUGGACCUGAGCGGUAAGCUGAUCAUCAAAGCCCAGUUGGGAGACGACAUCAGACGCAUCCCUAUCCAUAAUGAAGACAUCACUUAUGAUGAGCUGGUGCUCAUGAUGCAGCGUGUCUUCAGGGGAAAGCUGCAGAGUAAUGAUGAAGUUACCAUUAAAUAUAAAGAUGAGGGUAAGUUGGGAAUUAGGCUCUUUCUUAAAAUAAAAAAAAUAAAAAAAGAGAAUUCAGGCUUUUAACUUUUCAUUGUUGAUAGAUUUUUUUCUCUUAUAGUGAAAUCUGUCCCUUGUCCUUUUUUCUAGAUGAUGACCUCAUCACUAUCUUUGACAGCUCUGACCUCUCCUUCGCCAUCCAGUGCAGUAGAAUACUCAAACUCACUUUGUUUGGUAAGAUUUUAAUUUAUCUCUGUUGCUCUUGCUUUGACAUAUAAUGCUAUGACCCCAAAGGAUUAAAAACCUUAAGCUUGUGGAUGCUUUGAAUCUUGUAUCAUGUGAUAAUGACUUAUUGAUAAAGUUGUAGUCAAAGAUGUUUCCCAUAGCUGUUACAACUAACAGUCACUGGAGGGCAGUCCAGUUUAAGUUUCAUACAACAAACCUUAGCUCUCCUCAAGCAAAGUUGUCUGCACUCCCUUGUGACUAAUUUAGGUUGGAAUUUCCAUGUGUUCCUUAGCACUGCUUCAGUAAACAAAGGAAGUGACAGGCGGUUCAUGGAUGCAUUCACAAGUGCCCUUUCUGGCCAGUUAUACAGGUUCCUAAUCCUAAUCUUUAAAAGAAGUGCAGGCCCAACUUUGUCCAUAGUCAUCCAGUAGUCCUGGAGGCCUGUGACUUUGGGAGUAGGCCAUGUUAGGAUUAAUCACAGGUUAGCUGCACCCUUACACAUCUGAUACAAGCCUUUUAUCUGUAUAAUGACAUGUUGCAUACAGCUGUUAUUUUGUCUUUACAGAAAUUAUCUACAAAACUCGCUAUGAAUACAUUCAGAUCAAUCAACACUUGACUAACAGUAUGAUUUGAAAGGGAAGCUCAUUAAUCACACAGCAGGUAUCCUGGUAUGGGUAGCUCUUAGGCUUGAUGGCCCAUGAUGACCACACUUUGAUGAAAACUUCAUCAUCUCCAAACACAGACAUAUGAUAAACAUGAACAUGCUCUUAAGGCACGCUUUGAUUUACUGUUUCAUAAUGUUUUUUUGUAGAUAGUAUGCACUUUGAUGUUAUUGCUAAUUACAUAUCCAUCAUGAGACUUUGUUGGCUCAUGAAUAUGAAGUAUUUUGUGUGAUGCACAUAUCUAAACCCUGAAAUGUGUCCUGUUUUUUACCUGAUAUGUAGUCAAAAGUAUUUCCAAAGUUUUUUCCUCUGCACCAGGAAAUAAAGUUAGGGUAGAGAUGCUCCAGUGUGGGAACGCAGUGAUCCAUAAAAGUCAAGCUUGAAGAUGUUGAGUCUCAAAUAUGAAAUAAUAAUGUCGGUAUUGGCAUCAGCUGGGAAAACAAAAUUAAUCAAAACCGUGACACACCAUGGACUUGUCUCCUACAAAUCCAAUAACCUAAACAGGAUUCAAAAUCUCCAAACAUCUCACACAAAGUUAGAAUAACAGUAACACACGCUCACUCUCAGAACAGUAAUGACAACAUGAUGUUGUUCCUUUUGCUCUGCUUCCAGUCAAGCUGUCAUCUUGUUGCUGCUAUUAUUAGCUGAAGAACCUUAAGAUUUUUCUUCUUUUUCUUGAAAAAAAAAGAAAAAGGGUAUUGGAUUCCCUCCCAAAAAAACCUGAGUCCUGGCUCAUUAUUACAUGUCAUGACCUCACGUGGAACUGAUACUCUCAAACACAUGUGGAGAUUCACAGCAGGCAGGAGUAGCAGGAACCUCGUGUCUUAGCGCAGUGUCUCAUGAGCCCAUGCGCCUCUGUUUAGUGUCAUCCACGUAGAGAACCCUGUAAGACAAAGGCAUGUUAACCAAUGUAAAGUUUUACUUUAACUCUGUUGUGGUAGAAACUUUUUCCUCAGAGACGAUUUAUUAUUGGAAAAUCAACCUCAUAGCAGUUUAAGGGACUCGUGCAGCUACAGUAUAAUUGGGAUAUUCUGUUGAUUGCUACAGAUUUGAUUAAUUCUCAGUUGAUUUCAUCAAGUCAUUGUGCAUUCACAAAGAUUCAGUCCGGAUAUAUACAGUAGACAAGCAAUUCAGGAAAACUAAGAGUCGGGUAGAAGAGCAGAAAACAAAAUGGAAGGGUUUCCUCCUUAUCCGAUAAGAAUACUUCAUCUCUGGUUUUUGAAUCAAACCAUGCAGACUUGAUGGGGUGGGAGUUCAUUAGUCUUAUCAGUGACUAAUGGCAUCCGUCAAGGUGGAAUUCUAUCACUCCUGUUCCCUCCUUUCCUGAUGGACGAUCUCUCUGAGCAGCUUAAAGCUUAUAAGAGAAGAAACCAGUGGGUGAUGUUACUGAGCUUGUGUUCAUGUUUAAUGUCAUUAUUUUAUGUAUGAAAGAGAAAGCUUCCAGAAUAACUUUAACUACUUUCAGUUAAAAAAUAAUAAUAUCCUGAUUUGCGUCUACAGUCUGUUUGAAUCCGUCACCAUAUCUCUAUCAGCGCCCUUUACGCCCAGCGUUUCCCAGACCCACUAUUAGUUUAAUACCUAGCUGGCAAAGUGUGGGGAUGAAGCCCUCACUCCCUCUGUCAAUGUAGCUGCUAUAAUAGAAGGCUUUGUGGAUGCAACCCUGUGAUCGAUGAUCUCUCUAAUCCGAGGUAUUUAUGGUGUGGGGCCAAAAGAAUUGAGGCAGAUCAUCGUUCAUAAUAUACUCACACUUAGUGUAGAAUCAAGAGCUUUUCCAGAUCAAUGAACUGCAAAAUUUAAAUCUGUGUUUGUUUAAUGUUAGCAGAUGGUACCGCAUUAUUUUCCUGUUUCUACCGCUGAUGACUUUGUUUACAUUUAGAAGAAAUAUAUUUACCUUUUACUCCAUUAUACCGGGAAGAAGUGUAUCAUGGAGUAAACAACAGUUUGUGUGUUCUUGGCUUUUUGUGAGUGUUUUUCACCAAAAUAGUUUUGUCUUUGUAUAAAUUUCACAAGCUAUCAUUCCUCUACGAUCCCUUUUUGAUUUUCCUCCUUGUGGUUUGGUUAUCUGCCGGGCUGCUGACACAUUUCUCUCCAGGCUGACCCAGAUACUCUUAAGAACCCAUGGCUAUUACCCAGAUGUAGUCCAAGAUCUAUGUGAACAAGAAGUUCAAGUUCAAGACAACAUUACCCCAAGUGGGAAAUGAGUGCAGCUAAUGAGAUCCAGAUCCAGUAAUGCAGAAAAAUGCCCCAUUAAUAAUGGUACAGACAAGGCGGUUGUUUUGCUCUGCUAAAGCGAUCAUGAGCUGUGUUCUAUCCAUCACCCUUCCUGAGGUCAAACACAAGUAGAGUCAGCUGUGCAGAGACAGAGGAAAAGACACACUCCAAACAAUCAACACAACAUUUAAUUUUUCCCACUUGUCCCCUCUGUCCUCAUCUCUCAUUAUCUACAGUUAAUGGGCAGCCGCGGCCUUUGGAGUCCAGUCAAGUGAAGUACCUGCGCAGGGAGCUCAUUGAGCUCAGGAAUAAAGUAAACAACCUCCUUGACAGCCUGGAGCCCCCAACAGAGCCUGGUGUGGCUGCUACAGCACCUGACAGUGGUAACAAAUCCUACACACAUGCAAACAUUCACCCUGAAAUAAUAGCUGCAGUGAGACUGACUGAUCAUCCAGUUUUAGUGUGAUUUAAAGCACUUUAUCAGACUACGUGUUGAAGAAGUAAUGUUCAGCUAAGGUUGAGGUCAUUUCGAGACACUUCAUUGUCUACAGCAGCUAAUUUCCUCAUUGUUACACUGGAAUUUUGAAUUUACAUUUGCCAGCUAGUCAUUUUUGACCGCCCUUAAGAAACAGUCAAAAAUGUAAACAAUUUAUUUAACAGCUAAAUACGAGAUCAUAGAAUCUGAGAGGAAACAAAUUUUUUGGCUAAGGUGAGCAGUACCAGCGUCACCAGCCAUCUCUUGUCUUCCUUGCAUAUGCGUGAGCUGGUAACACCUCGCCUAAGUUCAGUUGGCACAUGCAAGUGAAACUAGACACAUUCACUACUACUUCAUCUCCACUUCCUUCAUCAAAACACACCUUUGUGCUUCUUUACAUCCGGGUAGUUGAGGAUUUUGGCAUUGUGGCAGUAGUCUGUAACUGGAGCUACAACUAGCUAGUAGGCUACUACCCAAACAGCACAUAACUCUCAUACCGGGCCUACAACAAUAGAAAUAACAAUAAUCAGUGUAACCAGCUAUUAAUUUAUGUCAUGUUUUUACAUUUAAAGAAGUUGCUUGAGUUCUGUAUUUGUCAAAAAAAUAUGAUUGUCAGCUUUAAAAAUCUACUCUCUGUGGGACACGUGCACAUGUUUCUUUUUGUUUAUUACAUUGGUACAUCCCUUCCCUCUGAUCUUUAUUGUUGAAUGAUUAAACCUUGUCUCUACGUCUUUAUUUACAUCCCACAAGAAUUCUGGCACUAAACUUAGUCCACAAAAGCCGGUUAUUGUUGGAAUAAUUUAAUAACCGUUUUGACAUGAAUAAUUGUCUGGAAUAAUAUGCUACCUUUGUACCUUUUAUAACAAAGCAUGCUGAACUUGACCAGUUGAUUGUGGUUGUGCAACAUUUCAGUUGAAAAAACACUGAUCAUAACUGUGACCAGAGCUGUUUAUAAAGGACAUGUGUGCCCACGUUUCUUCAAUGUUCUUGUUUCUUUGUACUCAAACAGGCUUUUUUACCACCAAGCUUAGUCUUGCCCCUCUCUGAACAAGUACAGAUUCAUGUGAGAUUUGGUUUGAAUCAAGGAAUGAUUAAAUAGAGAUGAUUGGAGUUUGCAAUCUGGCCUCAUACUGAGGUAAACAGGCAAGUUUUUUAAUCACAUAAAACACUGAAAUAAGGACUUUUAUGAGGCUUAGACAGUGUUUAUCUCUAAAUUGAACAGUUUGUGAAAACACUCGUACACACAUUGCCUCAUUCUGUCUUUGUCUCUGCUGACUCACAAACAAUUCCUGUGGCUUUGUUUCUAGAAUCAGUGGACGGACGAGAGGGCAAAGUGGUGUCAGCAGACCCCACAGUGAAACAGGCUACUCCUGUCAGCGCAGCCAGCAUGUCAGCCUUCGACCCAUUAAAAAACCAGGACGAGGUCAACAAGAAUGUCAUCUCUGCUUUUGGCCUGAGUGAAGACCAGGCCCCAGGUAUAACACAGAAUCAAACAUGUACAAAAACCGAGGAGGACAUUUUAAACACAGAUUUUUUUUCAGUUCUUGAUUGUUAUCUGAAGAAUCAAAAACCUCUGUGUGACUUCCCUUGUGCAGCUCCCCCAGCUGUUGCUCCAGAGGAGCGCUCAGGAACCCCUGAUAGCAUCAACUCCUCCUCAUCAGCAGCCCCCCAGCCAGGAGUGCCCCCACAACCUCAGGCCCCCUAUCCUGGAGUACAGCAGGGACCCCCAACUAGUAUGGAUGGUGAGUUUAGUAGACAUACAAGUUUUCUGUUUUACUCUCAGAACAUCCUAAAUCCAGCCAUACCAUAAAUCAAACAGCGUAACUGGUGGACACACACAUACACCGAUGAAAGCACUUGUUGCCAUUAGAGUCACGAUUGGAUGAAUUUCAGAAGACCUCAGGGAACGAGAAACCAGGCAGGGUAGGUGGUGAAGCAAUCACACGCUUGAAGUAAUGGUGCCGUUAAAUCAGAUGAUUUUCCUACAUUACCACCAACCUAGCGCUAUAAAAAUGUCACCCCCGUAGAGUGAGUUGCAACGUGCUGCCUUCAACAACUUAUCCAAGCCUUUAAUUGUCCAGAGCCGCUCUGCUAUAAGUCUUAUAAAUCAAGGGUAGUGAGUCUAAAUGUACGUCCACUGUUGAGUUUUAUCAGGCAUUAAUCAGUCCAGCUGUUAAGUUGUUGAUUUUAAGUCCUGUUGGCCGUUUUUGUAAGUAAAACAAAUCAUAAAACAGAGAAACGUGUUACUACUCUCUCGUGUUUUUGCCAUUACCAAAAAGUCAGUCACUGAAAUUAUGUUUUAAUGAGAUAAUUGAUGCAGAACGAAUCCAAAUGUCAACAAAUACUGUCAUAAUAUGAAAAUAGAGAUUACAAUAUAAUGAGGAAGAGACCAAACGAGAAAGAAAAAAGACAAAUUGGGCAUCAUCUCAAGAGUUGUGUUUCUUAUUUGUGUGUUUUGGUACUUCUUUAAAAUGAAGUUUUAUCAGGGAGUCAACUCCCACUCACAGCUAAAAAAAACACUGCCACAUAACUAACAUAAAAACAUGAGAAUUUAUGGGAGUCAAACUAUGAAAUAGCUAAAUCAUAGACACUCUAAACUGAGGUCUGUUGUUUUUAUGAGUGAAGUCUGGUGUAGUCUGUGGUCUUACAUUCACAGUUCACUUCAUACAUACAGUUUACACUGGGCUUUUAUUUGUCAGCCAGUUUGACCUGUGACUUUCCAUAUCUAAGGCCCUAUAGAACUACUAACAGACAUAAGCUCUAAAACGCUAUGAAGGGCAGAUAACUUACGUUUACCAGCAAUAAAACACCAAAAACAGUCGCACUGUAACCUUACAAAUUACAUGUAAGUGUUUAAAGUUGAAACAAGUAUUUUCCCAUGAGUGACAGAGAAGAGAUGCAGAGUUUUAUAUUUGUUUCAGUCUUCAUCGUCACCCUAAAUCCAGUUCAAGCAGGAAAGUCCUCCCUGUAUUCAGACUAUUAUUAGUAUUUGUAUUUGGCAUUUUUCCCACCAGACUUUUUGGCCAGUACUUUCUUCAUCUGCCAAAAAACUGCAUGUGAAGUUGAACCCAGUCGAAGCUGGUGUGAACACUGUAAACACAGUCAUGUUUUUGCAAGGUGGGAACCUCGACCUAGUGUAAAUUUACCCUGGGUGACAUGCUAAGCAGUAGGGUAAACAUUGAUGUGUUGUUUCGUGAUGCUCAACUGACUAAAAACUAGAAAUGUGCGACCAAACUACGACUCUUUGGCUAGUAAACAUGAGCUAAAGUUCACAGUUCUUUUACUGUUUACCUCAUGGAUCGUAAGCUAAUGCCUGUUCCUUGUGUUUUUGGUAAUCAAAUCUUCUCUCCUGUUAAAUCAGCAAGUUUUGCUGAUGAUGCUUGAGUUUCACCAUUCUGGAAUCUGAAUCAACACUGUGUAAACAAGAGUAUCCAUGGAGUUUAUCUCACUUGGCAGAUGUUAUCUUAGCCCUCCCGUGUCUGAGCUCUUUAACAAAGACGUGUUGGACCCAAACCAAAGGCAGAGAUGAAGAUGAAUGAAAAAAGAUUACAGCUCAGCGUUGGCAAAAACAAACCGAUCUUGUUUUACUCAAUUUUCUAAACACAACACCAUCUUGGGAUCCAUUUUAGGAGGGGAUAAAGUCUUCUUUUCCCAUAACACAAGUUGAUUCUUGUCAGAGUAUCUUAUUAAGGAUGUGUCUGGCUUGUUUCUUCUUUUAUUAAGAAGAAAGGUCCAGACAGGUGCAGCAACUGAGGUGAAGCAUAUCAUAUUGUUAAUCAUAAGGCAGUAAAGGGAGCAGAUUGUUUUCAGCUUGUGGUUUGGCCGUGUUGAAUGAGGACACCGCUGAAGCAAAGGAGAUGCCUUUUUGUUCCACCUCGAGAGCUGUAACUUGCUCUCAGUGCAGACACACCGCUGGGUCCUGACCGCACCUGCAGCACUGUAGAUCAGCUCACAUGUGGUCAAACUUCCUAUGUUUGACUGGUGGUUUGUGGUUUGGCCUUGUUAGCGUUGCAGGGCCUUUCCAUAGGGCUCAAUAAGAAUUUUUGUUUGUCCAGAAGGGAGGCUUGUUCACUCAGAGGGUUAGUCAGCUCAACGCAAGCUGUUCCCGUUGUUAUUUCUCUUCCCUCCAUAACAGGAGAACAGGAGAACAGCUACAGAAUGUCUUGUCCUCUGAGUGAUCCAAUGUUACUGGGGUUUUUUUACUGCUUGUUUACAGCACCUAGAUGGAUGUCAAGAUGUAGGGGGGCUGUCAUGGUCUGCCCAGUUAGUGCAUACUCAGGAGGAAAUGUUAGGGCUGCUUAUUAUGGCAAAAAGUAUAAUCAAGGUUAUUCUGAUUGAUACUGAGAUCACGGUUAUUGAACACAAAUACUCAUUAUUUUUGGACUUUAACACUCAGAGACAAUUCAAAUUAGGGCUGUGCGAUAUGGCCUCAAAUCAAUAACACAAUAUAUUGAGCAGUUCACUCGAUAACGAGAAAUGGACAAUAACUACUCCACAAGCAGUUCACCCCCUCCCACAUUAACUUCGUCUACUUUAGCCGCUGCUCCAGCCAUUACAACUUUUGAACCGCCCUCCAUCUCCUCUUUGUUAUGGACUGGAUGGGGUAGAGUCACGUCUCCGACUUAGGACAGCAUCUUAAAGGGACAUGUAGGUAUAGGUAGACCAUAGCCUACCUACACACAUCCAAAACUAACUUUUAUUAUUAUUUUUUUUUAACACUGAAUAAACUGAUAUGGGCAAAAUGACAUCGGUUAUUGUCGUAAAUUUCAGUAUCAGUAAAAUUUUCGGUUUAUCUUCCAGCCCUAAUUCAAAGAUUCAAAUUAAGAAAGUGUUCAAAUACUUAUAAAUGCUUAAUUUAAGGUUGAUGCAUUUGGCUUCUGCAACUCCAGGUGCCUGAUACAGUUAAAAAUACAGGCAGAAAAAUGUGCCACAUGGGAGGUUAACUGCUCUUUAUUGUAAGACCAAGUUCAAACAAACCCCCUAUGUGAGCAUGCAAUAAUUCAGCACGUUCCUGACGAUAAUUCCCCAGCAGGGAUACUGUACACACCUACAGCUGUUGGUGGUGGAUGUACUUCCAAGACCAACGUGGCGACAAACACUUAAUUCUCUCCUCAUCUUUAACGUAGCGUUUCCCUUAAUCAUCUCCUGUCUCCCAUCCAAGGCUCGCAGGUGGUUGGCAUCUGAUACAUUAAAUUAGAUUCUACCUGGUCCUCUGUCCUCACUCCAACAGACUGUUAGUCAGUACAGUAGCCUCAAGGCAAAUCAAAACAGCAAGUCUAUGAAUCUAAAAAAAAGAGAACGUAUUAUUGAGGUUGAUGCCAGCAGAGCAUGUGUGGCCUUUAACAAGGUAGCCUUGAGCUCCCUUUUAAUGCAAACUUAGUUUCCUUGUUAGCGAAAGAAUGCUGCUAAUCAGAUCCAGAAGAUGCUAAAGAUUUCAACCUGUUCGUCAGCUGUUGAUAGACUUUUGGCUAUAAUUAACAUCUCUGCGAGAAAGAAACCAUCCAAAUGUGUAUGCAGCAGCAACAGCUCACACGUUUGACUUAAUCAGAUGGGCAGAAGUCUGACUGGUGAGAAAUAUUUAUCUAAAAUUGAAACUUAGUUCUCAUGACUCCGUCUUUAGGCAUGUGUGGAGGUCAGCAGAGCUGCGGCCAAGUGUCUCUUUGUUCCAAUGAACAUCUUUUUCUUAACUUUGGGACUUUCUCCUCAAGCAAAGCAGCUCUGUCUUCACCGAACCCCCUUGGUCAAUUCCUUUGUCCCGUGAGCGCUCAGCUAGCCGUAAGCUGACCUCAGGGUUACACUGAAGUAAAAUGAAACCCUCAGGUCAAAAAGCUGGAGCAGCCAUGAAUCCCUCCAUCACUCUUGCAUAACAAACAUGAUGGAUUACAGAGCGGAGAAGCCAAUUUAACACACGUGCCUUCUCGGCCAAUAAAGACCAUGGUGUUCAGUUUAAAGAUGCUGUCAGUGAGGGAACAGAUGGUUGCCACAUCGCUUCAUAGCUUUAAGAAGACCCUACUAGGGUACUCUACUCUCCCUGUAGAUCUAUGCAGGGGUUAUAAGGCUGAAUGAUAGAUCUGAUUUUUAAAAGCUAUAGACUUGGCUUAAUUGAAAGAUAGAUCCUUCAACGCAUUCAUACUGUUUGCAAAUCAAAUAGAGCCCAACCAAGCCAUCAGCGAGCUCCACAUUAAUAAGUGUCAAAUUAAUGGUCAUCGAGCCAUUAAUAAGAAGGAGGAGAAAAUGUCCUUAAAGCAGGGCUGGGCGAUAUGGCCUCAAAUCAAUAUCACGAUAUAAUGAGCAGUUCACCUUGAUAACAAUAAAUGGACGAUAACUACUCCACAAGCUGCUCACCCCCUCCCACAUUAACUUCGUCUAUUUCAGCUGCUACAACUUCUGAAUCGUCCUCCAUCUCCUCACUUGUCUUCCCUCUUUGUUACGGACUGGAUGGGGUGUCCUGUGUCUCCAACGUAGGACAGCAUCUUAAUUUAUUUAUUUGACACUGAAUAUAUUGACAUGGGCAAAAUGACAUUGGUUAUUGUCGUAAAUUUCGAUUGGUAAAUUUUCGGUUUAUCGCCCAGCUCUACCUUAAAGUGAAUAAGAGCAACACUUUUGCUAUUUGGUUUUGGAUUCAGGACAGACAGAGUAACAAAUGUGCAAAACUCGUCCAACUGCAGAAACUUAAUUUUGUAGAAAAUGUGCACAAAGAAUAUUUUGUUUAUUACGUACCCCCUCAAUAUCGACCAGUGUGACAGCACUCUCUAGACUUUCUCAUACAUUGCAGGUCUGCAAGCGAACAUGAAGUAUUUUUCUGUCUGGGUAUUCAUUAACCUCAGCUGCUUGGACUGUGAUAUCUACUUAAUAAAAUAUUUGACGUAGUUGACUGUUCUUGUCAGGUAUAAUUUAAAAGAGGUUCACUUAUUUUCAAGCUUCUAUUUUAAGGCUUUUACAAAUAAAGAAAUGACACAAAAUCAGGCCUCCCAGAGAGAGGAAAGCCAGCACCAGUUGACGCAGCUCUUAAAAAACCUCCAAACACUAGUGUGGCCUUGAUUUAUUUAUACUUUCUCUCAUUUUGCUUUUCAAGUUUCAUCACCCCUCUAUCCUGCCAGGCAGGAGAUUUGGGAGUACGACUAAUGCCUCGUUAAGGGAGAAUACUCGUUUGCCAAUUCUUCGCAUGCUUGCUUAAUAUUCAGGGACAUGUUGGAAAACUUGAUGAGUUAAAAUAACAAGGAAUAAAAGUUUCCAUGUUUUGGCAACAUAAGAAAAGAUUUGCAAUGGCAUCACUGUCUAGUAAUAUAUCGAUGAUUAAUCAUCAAGCCACCCUAAUAGGCGAAACAUCAUGCCCCGGGCUGAAAUGGAAAAAGAAAAGCUAUUUCUGGUAUCUUAUUAAGAUGAUUUGAGUUGCAGAGUGUUCCUAACAUGUGCAUGUAGGCAGUGCACAUGGGUCAGACCAUGUUAUUUCAAGUUACAAGAAAUGGAGGAGAGACGGUGCUUAACCCAAACACAAGGUUGUUUGUGUCUGUCUGCCUUUAUCAUAUCUCAAUCGUGAAAACAUGUCAGCCUCACUAUUGAAGGAUUGAAUUUUUUUCUUUCUCUCUGCGUGUGUUUAUAUCUGCUCAGGCACCUGCACACCACUGUUCUCUGUCUGGUAGCCAGUUCGCACUGUAAUGUAGCAUAGAGGGAUAUUUGUGGGUACUGGACCUUUUUCAACAAAUAGUUACAUCGAAGUGGAUACAGAUGUUUUCAGUGGAGUGGAGCAGGUUGGAGCUGCUCUGAACAGAUGCACAGGUAUUUUCGUGAGAAUAUGGAGAACUUGUGUACGCGUAUUUACUUUAUGAAAGUUGGAUCUGAUAUAAAAAAAAAGAUGAAGGGUAAAGGCAGCUAGCAAGACUUGACAGUAACUUCAAACGUUCAGGAUAUUAUGAUAUUCUUAUAAAUGUUUUUUUAAGCCUAAGACGGGAAGUCCAUCACUCAGAAUCUAUCCAAAAUUUUAUCUUGUUUCACAAAAAUCAAACUUAAAUGUUGCAUCAGCUGUGUCAUUGUAAAAAAAAUCACUCUCUGCACUUUUUUAUGAGCUGCAACUUAAGUAAACACUGUAUUAAAGCCCCCUCUGAAUAAGCUUCUUAUGACAGUGACCUUAAAAAUCACACUGGGAAUGGUCAAGAAAAUUAGAAAGCAUUGUAUUAAAUUUCACACUUAAGAUUGUUUACAGCUAGGUGCACAUGGAAGUGGAUUAAACAGCACCUGGAUCAUAUCAGGAUAGUUUAUACUUUGACCUUGUGUGCUGAUGAGUCUCGUCCCUGUGUGUUUAGGUCAAGUGUACCCACAGUACCAGGCCCCAGGUGGAUACCCGCCUCAACAACCAGGUGCCCCACCACAGCAGCAGUACGGUAUGCAAUACUCUGGUAAGACUGAGAGUGGUUUGAAUUUGAAUGAUGUGACAGAAGCUGCUCUUUUCCCUGAUCAUUGUCCCCUAUUCUCUCUCUCUCUCUCUGUCUCCGCAGGAUACAACACUCAGCCCGGAGCCCCUCAGCCCGGCCCACCACAGCCACCACAACAACAGCAGCAGCAGUUUCAGAACUACCCGCCCCCUUCCUCCCAGGCUCCCGCACCGGCUCCAGCUCCUGCUCCAGGCUUCCAGGGUGGCCAGCAGCAGCCCCAUCCAUCUCAGGCAGCUCAGCAGUAUCCACCAGGAGCCUUCCCUCCCCAAAACUAUACCUCCCAGGCCUCACAGCCCGCCAACUACAGCAUGCCGCCUAGCUCCCAGCCUGGCUCAGGGUUUCAACCCCGCCCUGGAUACACCCCACCCCCUGGCAGCACCCCUCCACCUGGAGCUGCUAACCCAUAUGCCCGCAACCGCCCCCCUUACGGUCAGGGCUACACUCAGCCAGGCCCUGGAUACCGGUAAAAGAGGAUAGCGGAUGUUACUGAUCCUCACACAUACACACCCUAAACCCCUUCCCUGUUCUGUGGCUCCAAGCGUUUGGAGUGGGUGCAGGAAUCUACCGCUCUGCAUCUUCCCCCCCGUACAAAUAUCAAAUCCAAAUAUGAAACCAGAACCCCCCCCCCAGUCUGAUGGUUAGUGUUUGUAUGCUGUCUCUCCAACAUGCCACUCUGUUCUGUCCCCGGUGUUUGUUCUUGGUGUUUAUUUUCUCCAUCACUGUCAGCUCUGCCCUCUCGUAUCCAUCAUUGUGAGAAAUGUAACAAGUCUGUAUGCACACACCUGGGAGACCAAAACAGGCUGUUGCACAAAUUGUCCAUUGGUUUUAUUCGUUUGUUUUUUAAUGGUAACGCUUCAUUUGGGAGUGAGAACAGAUCAAGAUUUAGCAUUUUUCAUACAUGUCGAUGGCAGACCUGUUGUUUACUCUAUGGAAAUGCAUUCAUAAGACACUAAAUGAAAAGUUACCCCGACCUUUUUUUGUCUGUUGAGGUUUUUUUUUUUUCUUUAUUUGAUCAAGUUCACCACCAAGUCGGUAUUAAUGAUGUAUCAAUAAAACUGAACUGCCCCAUGUUGGGAACACUAGCUAAGUGACGGCUGAUGGGAAGUGUAGGUCCCACUGUCAAGAAGAAGGCUUCUUUUGUUUAGCUUGUUAUAUCACCUCCAGUAAAGCUUGCUAUUCCUCUCUUUAUCUUAUCACUGGUUUUUACUAAUAAAUCAAAUUCCACCUUUAAGUGAGAUUAGUUGUUUAUGUAUAAACUGUAACAUUUUUUCUUGAACCUAAUAAAUGAUUGAGACCCAGUUGGACUUCUUUUUGUUUUGAUACUGAGUUUCUUUUGGCCCUUUGUUUCCUCUAUGUCUCUCCCUCAACACUCACUCUCUCUUUGUGGUUUCUGAGUUCAUGUCUCUGUUAAGUUUGGCCUCUCUCUUCCUCUUCUCCUCCACCCUGGAUCUGGAAAAACUGUGGUAAUGCUGGUAUUUCUAUUUUGCUUUCCUGUCUGUGGGUUGUGGUUGGCUGGGACAUGUGGCGGGGGGGGAGUAUGUGGUUGGACGUUUGUGUCAAACUGUCUCACUGAGUGAGAAGAACUGAGCACACAGGAUUUAUUGAAGACAAUUAAGUGAGCUGUGUUGGGUUGCUCUUUAUACAGCUCGUGCAAAGCUGAAAUUACUCUUUUUCUGAUGGCUUUGUCUACUGUAAAUGGUCUGCAUAUUUGACACAGUUUGCACAAUGUAAACUGAUUAAUGGCUAAAUCUGGAGGAAAAAUCUUGGUCCACUUUUUUAUAACCUCUCUAGAUCAAAUUUAGACACAAAACAAACAAUCUCUAAGUAGCUGAUAAGUUGUAAUUAAACUUUAUUCACAACAGGCUCAAUGUAAGGAUCAGGUGAAUUUCAGUGGAGAAAUUGUGUUGCUGCCAUUGGUUGUAUUGUUAUCAUUGUGGGCAUUAGACCUACACAGUAAAUAAAUGUGAGCCACCAAACCAGCAGAUCCUUGUUCCAGCUGGAAGCAGAUAUUCAUGUUUAUGGAAAAUUCAAGACUAGUGCUUUAGUGUCAUUACAUUUUCUGAGCUUUAUGUCAGUUCUGCCAAUUCAGUAUGGUAUAGAGCUGUCAAUCAUGAUGUCACAGCCCCACCUUACCAAAAAUAGAGCUUCAUGAAAAAAUGAAUACUUGGACAUAAAUUAGCCAAACGAGAGCUGACUAAAGACAGAAACCAUGUUUGGGAAAAUUUCUUAAAUGUCUGCUUUUGUGUUUUCUUGUUUGACCUUCUAACCUAUAAAUGUGGUGGAAAUGAAAGAGAAGUCAGCAGAGGGGCUCUGUAUAUUCGUCUUCAGAUGUUGGAGUCAUCAUGAUCACCUUUGAAUGUUGUUUAAAGUAUCUUCAGAGGCUAAUGGCAAUUAAACUCUAAUUAAGAGCUUAACUCAAAGCAGUGCAGUCUUUUUUGUUCACAGCUGUGUUAUUUAGUAAAUCCACAGAUACUUUAACAGUUGCUUUAAUUGACUUAGUUUGACACAUUUGUCAGUGGUUGGGGUUUGGCAUUAAUUUCAGGUCCAAGAAUUGACUUGGCAUUUUUUUUAUACAUUAAGUAACAUAAUCCACUCAUAUCCAUCAUAAUUGAACCGUGUUUUUCUGUGCUAAAAUCUGUAAACUUGUUCUUUCAAAAUCAGAGGCAACAGCUAUAAGUAACUUGACAGCUGUUGACGGUUGCUUCAUAUCUUGAGAAAAAAAAAGGUUUUUUUAACCUCCUGAUUAUAAUAUUGCUCCAAACUCAAAUGACAAGUAGAAUCAGUAAAUAUAAAAACAAGAUUUAUUGUUGAAAAUGAACAUGGUGGUUUAAAAACAUCUGCAGUCAUGACAGAGGUGAGCAAAAAGUCUCUAACUCAGCUUUUUUGUACAAUUUGAAAUUAAACUGGAAACAAAACAUAAAUUAUGUCAUUUGUUUAUGGAAUUUUACAUGGAACUGUGGUUCAUUUAUUAUUUUAUCUUCAAUUUUUUUCUCUUAUUUUCAUUUGUAAAACAUGGAAUAAGACUGCAUGAGCAUCUUAAAUACAUCAAUCUUUCAUUUUCAAGUGACUCCAUUGAAACACUGAAUUUCAAGCUUUGAUUUCCAAUAAAAACUAAAUUGACUGAAGCUGUAUUAACGUUUACCUGAAGUACAUCAAACUAUAUAAUCCCUGGUAUUCAAAUUCUAUUCAACAUCAUAUACAUAUAUGAACAAAAGUUUAAUACUGUGCAAACUGCAACUGCUUAUAAUCCCUUAGGGCCAGCAGAAGGUCAAUUCUGCAUGUCUGUCUUUACUUGUAAUUCACAUAUUCAAAUGUACAAUGGAAGUAUGACUGGCACCUUUCUGUAUACAAAUGUGUGUAAAAUGUGUGUUCACUGACAUGCAAGUAUUGGGCACUAUUUCAGCUUUCUUUUAUCAAAAGCCAGAGCACACAGAGCAAAUUCAUUAACAGUCCCAUUGAUAAAUAACAUCAUACAAGUUAUUACACUUUGGGAGCCAGCUUCCCAACAACUUCUCUGCGAUUACCAUAUUUUCAGCAUUUUCAUUCACUGAAAAUCCUGUAUUCUUUUGUCUGUCGUGACAUUUUUGAUAAAUACAGAAAUUAAGACCAAUGUUACAAAUACACUCUGUGGAGUUUUGUGACACUUUAUAGUCUUGGACAGGGUCAAACCUGGGAGAGAGGGCUGACUUCAAACAGACAGACCCAUCUACAGUGUCAAUGGUAAUGUGAAAGGAAGCCCAACUGUCCUUCAAGACUGGUUUGGCUUCCUCAUCUUCUCCCUCUUCUUCUUCCUUCUACUUCCUCUUCCUCUUCUUCCUCUCCUUCUGAAGAAAGUUAUCCCUCCUAGACAGCUGUGGCGCUCUUACCAUUUCCCAGGUAUGGGUGUACCACACUCAUACCACCCAACAUAAGUAACAUGUGACUUCCCUCCAAUCUCUCCAAAGUGCACAGGCUCCUGUCUCAAGGCUCGAUAAUACCCUGGGAAAAAGACAGAGUAGGGGUUAGAUGCUACUUGAUUUAACAUGCUAAUGAUGUAUUAUGGAGUGUAAAGAUACCUAGUCUGCUUGGUAGCUGGUCAGCUAGCAUCUGGGUGCCUGUCCGUCCAUCCAGAAAAGAGUCCACAAAUUGACAAUGGUCCUCACCGUGUCCUGUCUGAUCUCCUAUAUUAUAGAAUUUUCCUACAGAGAGGAUAGAGGAAGCAAAAGCAAGUUGUUAACAAUGGUAUAGUUCUUUUCUGAAGAGGCGCUAAAGCCCUGUGAAUGCAUGUUUUUAUUUGUAUUUGUAUUUUAAUGUUUGGUUUAAAGACAGGUUGAAGACUUUGAGGUGUGCAAGGAAAGCCUAGGCCUAUUUUUGGACCAUUUGGGUAAUCAACCGCAUUAUCUACACGCGUUUAUUUGACUUUGAGAAGUUCAAACAUGUACAAAUAUCCUUACAUGUAUGUACAUAGUGUUUUAACACCCUAUAAAAUAACUGUGUUCUGGGCUUUCUUUAUCUAUUUUCCAGCAGGGUUUUGGAAAAACUACUGAACCCGUUUUUAUUAAACUUGUUGGGGAAUUGUUGCACGGGCUCAGGAAUAAUCCCCUGUAUUUUGACACGAUCCAGAUGGUUGUGAUUACAGCAGUACUGAUGAUUUUGACAUACUGGUUGUCCUUGCGGGUUUGCAUACCAUAUCAUUAGGACUUUGGCCUUCACAGUACUUUGUCUUUAGUGUCCUACCAGCUGAUUCUUGUUUCAGUCUGUAUUUACCAUUGAGAGAGUCACUCAGGUAGAUCUUGUAUCUCAAGGAGUUGCAGAGCUGGAUGCCAACAAAUUUUCGGUACCAAGUUCUCUUCACGAACAUCUUUCCAUUGCAUUCAGAGUAGGAAUCGGCUUUAAAUGGGAACUGGGUCCAGAUGGCAUCUUUGCCUGGGAGAAAACCAUUGGAAGCAAAGAACUCAUAAACAAAUUGAUAUUUGUAAACAAAAAUCCAAGUCCAGUUAUUUUAAAAAGUGAGCUUAAGUCAGAACAUACUGUUGAAGAGAGGGACAAACAAUAUUCACCUGAAACGUUUUCGCUCACUCGUGGAUCGGCUGCAAACACAAGAGAAACUUGUAAUAAAUAACAUCAUCAAAACAUCGCAAAAUUAAUACAAAGUCACGAGACAUCUUGAAUUACUGUGCAAGACCAAGCCAGACAACCUGCACCGGAGCCCAUUUGGCAAAGUUUUUACAGUGUUUAGCCUCAAACAGGCUGCGCUUUGAUUGCACCAGGGCAAGAGGCCAAAUAAGCAAAGCACUUUUCUCUAAGUGUUGUCAUUGUGAAUUUAAUGAAACAACAUUUGAUCGACCCAGGGCUUUACUUUAUCUCCUUUAUGAGCGAUUCAGCAUUAGCUUGGAGCGUUCUGAUCAGAAAGUAGAUGAUAUGUGAGGAAUAAUCCACAGAGGACAUCUGGGGAGAUAAAAAGUCCUCAGAGUCUUAAUCAGUUCAACCUCAAUGCCAUGUUGAAAUCAUUAGAUGAACAACUGCCUAACAGGCCACCUUCAGUGUUUAAAAGCAGCCCACUCUGCCUGAUUAUUAGAAUUAUUCACAGUGGCAUCAAAA